AUCACGAAGAUGUUCGUUCUUGUAUCGUUUCUCUGCCUUGACUGUUCCUUUAAAGUUUCAUUCAGAAAUGGAUCAAAGAUUGAGAGGAGCUGCACAGUCUGGAAGCAUUGACGAGUUAUACGCACUGAUUCACGAGGAUCCGCAUGUUCUUGAGAACGUCGAUGAUGUGCCUUUCGUCGAAACUCCUCUCCACGUAGCUGCAGCCUGUGGAGAAACAGAUUUCGCCAUGGAAAUGAUGAAUCUGAAGCCGGGUUUUGCCAGGAAGCUGAACACGAACGGGUUCAGUCCUCUGCAUCUUGCAGUGGACUGCGACCAAACCCGGAUCGCCCUCGAGCUUGUCAAGGUCGAUCCAGGCCUUGUCCGUGUCCGGGGGAGGGAAGGCAUGACGCCGUUGCAUCAUGUGGUAAGGAGAGGAGGAGCCGAUCUUGUCACGGAGUUCCUCUUGGCUUGCCCCGAAUGUAUUAGAGAUGUAAACACGAAAAGCGAGACUGCUCUACACAUUGCCGUGCUGAACGAUAGAUUCGAAGAGCUUCAAGCUCUCACGGGAUGGGUCCAGAGAAUGCGCCAGAAGGAUGCUGCUUCUGUCGAGAUUCAAGUUUUAAAUCGGCGAGAUCGGGACGGUAACACGGCUUUACACCUCGCUGCUUAUCAUAACAAACAACAGGCUCUAAACCUAUUGCUGAAAUGUCCUGCCGUUAAUCGUAACAUCCAGAACGUGAGUGGUCUGACACCCUUUGAUAUCUUACAAACCAAGGGACAUCACACGAAAAGAGAUUUAAACAAUAUGGCACGGAAUUUCGGGUGCGAGAAUUCGGCCUCUCUGCCCAAAACCAAGACAGCAUCUGAUUUCUUGAGAUCGCCAAUCACAUUCUCGGAUUACUACUCGACCACGAUGGUGCGUUAUAGGAAUAGUAUGUCAGAGGGAACUCGUGGAGCCCUUCUGGUCAUAGCGGCUCUGAUAAUCACGGUCACUUAUCAGACGGCCCUCCAGCCGCCGGGAGGCGUGCACCAAGACGGCGGCAGCAAGGCAGGUACGGUGGUGAUGAAAGAAAUCUACUUCAUACUCCUAUGGGCCUUCAAUUCUAUGGCCUUUUGGACGGCUCUUGUAUUGACGUUUAAUCUCUUACCGGUGGGUGGAGAAUACACGCUAUCGUUCUUCGCGAUAUCGGUUCCUCUGUUUGUUUCUUAUGCAAUAUCAAUAGCUGUGAUAUCUAAUGACUCGGUAUUGUAUCUCGUGAGGACCUUGAGCAUGUGCCUGCUCGGGGUUCCGGCUACUCUGAUCCACUUCUUCUUGAAGUGGAAGUGGUCUAAGCUGAAGAAGAUGCCCGGACCGAGAAGUGAACUCAUUGUGGAAGGUUUCACGACCAUGGGUCUCGCGCGAGGAGUCGAGCAAAGCAAGAUGCAUGCUUGGCUCGUGCGCGUGGACUUGGGGUUUGACCCGCAGGCGCCUAAGCCCAACUACGGCCCGAGCGUUAGGCGCGCCUGGUGGCCAGGUCCGGCGGACUGCGGUUCAUGGGGACUGUUAGGGGUGGGUGGUGGCCAGUUCGUCUCCGUUUGUAAGGGUAGGUAGUCACGGGGUUUUCCAAUGUAUAAAAAAAAAUAAAA